UUCUUGUGUUUUGCAAAAUAAAAUCGACGUGUAAGAGAAAUUAUUUUAGGGCGCCCAAAAGAAAGCAAAGGCCGUGUUUUUAUGGAGUAGGAGAGAGAGAGAGAUGGAGGAUUUGAAGAAGAGGAAACUUGAUGAAACGGGCAACGGGCAAAACUCCUUAUUAUCAUCAGAAGAAGAGCAGUUGCGUUCGUUGCUUGACCCUCUCGCCAAAGCCCAGUUGAUCGAGCUUCUUGCAAAGCUAGGGUCCCAAUAUCCUUCUAUAGCUGAAGAAAUUAGAAGUGUUGCACGUACUGACCCUGUACACCGUAAGCUUUUUGUUCGUGGCUUGGCCUGGAAUACAUCAUCAGAAACCUUGUGUGCUGAAUUUCAAGUGCAUGGAGAAAUCGAAGAAGGGGCUGUGAUCUUUGACAAAACCACAGGAAAAUCACGCGGUUAUGGUUUCAUAACCUACAAAGAUAUGGAGUCAGCUCAGACUGCAUUGAAAGCACCUAGCAAAUUGAUCGAUGGUCGCAUGGUUGUUUGUAAUCUUGCUUGCGAAAGCUUAAGCAGCACAAGUGUUCUACCUGAUCAGGCCCAGAGGAAGCUUUACAUUGGCGGCUUGUCUCCAGAUACAACAAGUGAGAUGCUGCUCUUUUUCUUUAGAAGGCAUGGCGAGAUAGAAGAGGGUUCAGUAGCAUAUGACAAGGACACGAACAGAUCACGUGGUUUUGGCUUUGUCACAUACAAGACGGUGGAUGGAGCAAAGAAGGCUAUAGAUGAUCCGCAGAAGAGUCUUGGGGGGAGAAACAUCACUGUGAAGCUAGCUGAUAACCACAAGAGCAAAAUGGUUCAACCACAACUACCGGCAGCUAUGGUUCCAGUACCAAUUCCUGUGGCUUCUGGUUACCCGCAAGCUGGAAAAGCUCAUUCUAGCACCGCCCCUGUUGGCUACACUUACCCACAACCCAUGGCAUCGUAUACUAGUACUGCUUACCCAAGUCCUCCCACAGCAGCAGCCCCAUAUCCGACCCAACCUCAGAUUUCAUAUUCCCCGUUUAGUCUAAUGAAAGACCACCCUUCAACAACACCUGCAGGAAUGAGUGGAUACCCAUAUUACAUUGCCAAACAAUGACUAAAGCUCAUUCAAAGCAUGGUGAUAAUCAAGUUCAUUUCCAUUUUUUUAUGUUACAAGAACAUCCACACUGAUACUGCUAUUAUAUAACCUUUUCUAAUUUCUCAUGUAUGUUAUUAUCAUUUGACUUUUGCCGGCACUUGUUAUUUAGAAAUAUGCAUCUUGGGAGGAGUUAAAUCAUUGUGGAAACAUAACCACAAGGAGUUAAAUCAUUGCUAACUGUUGUAGUAGGUGUUGGCAGUUUCUUAGAAAAGCAGAAGUGAAGUUUUGGUAGUUGAGAUGUUCAUAUAUUGAUCAGAUUUAUUGACUAGUCUAUGAACAAUAAAAUAGAAAAAUAUAGACAGUACUUAUUGUUUUUAAUCUGA